AUUGGUUGGCUGCCGCCUGAUGGAUAGACGAGGGAGGAGUGAACUCUCUCCAGUGUGUUCUGACGGAGCCGAAGUACAGAAACCAUAUUUACAGAUACAUGUGACAGUGCUGCAGCUAUGAGUGGAAUUUUAAAGGGGAAGUUUGAAGAAGUCGAUGGCUCCUCACCCUGCUCUUCUGUGCAGGAAUCAGAUGAUGAAGUUUUCAGCUGUGACAGUGCUGAGAGUGUUGAUAGUGUCAAUCUGUUCACUUUUAAUAAUUUAACCAGAAAAUAUGAGGAAAUAACAGACUGAAAAUAUGCGUUCAGAGGCAUAGAAUCUUCAGGAAAAUACCGGAGUUCCUGAGAUCUCAAGGUACAUGUGACAGCGCUGCAGCUAUGAGUGGAAUUUUAAAGAGGAAGUUUGAAGAAGUUGACGGCUCCUCACCCUGCUCCUCUGUGAGGGAAUCAGAUGAUGAAGUUUCCAGCAGUGAAAGUGCUGACAGUGGGGACAGUGUCAAUGCAUCCACUUCUAGUCAUUUUACCCCUUCCUCUAUUCUCAAAAGAGAGAAGCGGCUGAGGACAAAGAAUGUACAUUUUAGUUGUGUCACCGUGUACUACUUCACCAGGAGGCAAGGCUUCACAAGUGUGCCCAGUCAAGGGGGCAGCACCCUGGGGAUGUCCAGCCGCCAUAACAGCGUGCGCCAGUACACCCUUGGCGAGUUUGCAAGGGAGCAGGAAAGGCUCCACCGGGAGAUGUUGAGAGAACACCUCAGGGAGGAAAAGCUGAACUCCUUAAAACUAAAGAUGACUAAGAAUGGCACAGUGGAAUCAGAAGAAGCCAGCACUCUUACACUGGAUGAUAUUUCUGAUGAUGACAUUGACCUAGACAACACAGAGGUAGAUGAGUACUUCUUCCUACAACCUUUGCCAACAAAAAAACGAAGAGCUCUGCUGCGUGCCUCUGGAGUGAAAAAGAUCGACGUGGAAGAAAAGCAUGAGCUGCGAGCCAUCCGCCUCUCACGAGAGGACUGUGGCUGUGACUGCCGAGUGUUCUGUGAUCCAGACACGUGCACCUGCAGCCUGGCUGGCAUUAAGUGCCAGGUGGAUCGUAUGUCUUUCCCAUGUGGCUGCACUAAAGAAGGAUGUAGUAACACAGCAGGUAGAAUUGAAUUUAAUCCUAUCCGUGUUCGGACUCACUUUUUGCACACAAUAAUGAAACUUGAACUGGAAAAAAACCGAGAGCAGCAAAUCCCCACACUGAAUGGCUGCCACAGUGAGAUAAGUGCUCAUAGUAGUUCCAUGGGCCCUGUCGCUCACUCCGUAGAAUAUUCGAUUGCAGACAGUUUUGAGAUUGAAACUGAACCCCAGGCUGCAGUGCUGCACCUGCAGUCGGCUGAAGAAUUAGAUUGCCAAGGAGAGGAGGAGGAAGAAGAGGAGGAUGGGAGCAGCUUUUGCAGCGGAGUCACAGAUUCUAGCACACAAAGCUUGGCACCUAGUGAGUCAGAUGAGGAGGAGGAGGAAGAAGAAGAGGAAGAGGAGGAGGAGGAUGACGAUGAUGACAAAGGAGACAGCUUUGUGGAAGGUUUGGGCACCCAUGCGGAAGUUGUUCCUCUUCCUUCAGUUCUUUGUUAUUCUGAUGGCACCGCCGUUCACGAAAGCCAUGCAAAGAAUGCUUCUUUUUAUGCCAACUCUUCAACUCUGUAUUACCAAAUAGAUAGCCACAUUCCAGGAACUCCAAAUCAGAUCUCUGAGAACUAUUCUGAAAGAGACACUGUCAAAAACGGUACCCUUUCGCUGGUGCCUUACACCAUGACCCCGGAGCAAUUUGUGGACUACGCCCGACAAGCAGAAGAGGCCUAUGGUGCCUCCCACUACCCAGCUGCCAACCCCUCUGUAAUCGUUUGCUGCUCCUCUUCCGAAAAUGAUAACAGUGUGCCCUGCAAUAGCUUAUAUCCUGAACACAGGUCCAGUCACCCUCAAGUGGAAUUUCACUCAUACUUGAAAGGCCCCUCCCAGGAAGGGUUUGUCUCUACAUUGAAUGGUGACAGUCACAUUUCAGAGCAUCCUGCUGAAACUUCUUUGAGCCUUGCAGAAAAGAGCAUAUUGCACGAAGAGUGCAUCAAGUCACCCGUGGUUGAGACAGUCCCUGUUUAGUAGCUUAAAUUAUUCUAGGACCAACUCUUCUCCUAUUUAAGGCACUGUAUUUAAUUGGAUUUCCUGGGCUCAUCAUUGUUUAAACUGAAGACCAAGAAAACUUGGACGGUGUUUAAUCUUCCAGACUGUAUUUUGUUUUUUACUUUCUAGCCACGUGACUGUGGCAUUGCACAAAUACAGUCUCUGUAGGGAUUUUAAAAGAUUUCAGACUGUUUUGAUAGAAAAUGCUAAAUUUUAAAAAUGCAUAUCUCACAGUUGCCUACCUGUCAAACUGUGUGAAACCUGCCAAGCUGUGUAGAUCAGAGCUCCAAAUUUUGGAUUAUCGGGCCUGUGCAAGUUUGUUAACUAAGGCUGGGAAAUAAUAAGAUUUAGAGUCCUAAUUUUCGAUAUAUCUGAAGAUAAUGGUGACUUUUUAUUGUAAAAGUAAUUAUUGUAAGAAAAAGAUAUAAUUGUUCAAUGUGUAUUUUAUUUAUGGUAGUUUAGAAGUCACGUUUUGAUGAAAAUGAACAGCCGCAUGUUCAUUCCAACUGAAGAUACAUAGCUCGUUCCACAGAGCAUGCCCACAUGGAUUGCAUCUGGAACCCAUUCACAUUUUUAUGAUCAUCACUGAUCAGAUUUGCAAAAUUCUGAAGGGUGAAAUAGGCCUAUUUUUGCUAUUUUGGGCAAAUAAAUGAUUCUAUAUGUGCAGGUCCUUAACACAGUUUUCUCUAAAGUUAAGAGUUAGGACAAUCCUCUGGGGAGAGGCUAGUUCACUGCCCUCCCUCAGCUGACUCCAGAGAUGGAGGUAGAAGGAAUUGCCUUUCUUUUUUAAACAGCAUCAUCUUGGUUCUUAGCUUGGACAGCACCUUUAAGCUCUACCCCCUGCAUCAAAAUGCACUUUAGUGCCCCUUCACGGUACCUCGUGUGGGGUGGGGACUGAGAACUUUUUGAGAUGAAAAAAUUAAAAAAAAAAUUUUUAAAGAUCUUAACUAUAAGAUUCAUAUAGUUAAUAUAGAGGAAUCAUCCAAUGAUACUUAUGAAGGGAAAAUGACCUAUUUUCCUUCGCCACUCUGAGGACCUAACUCAGUAAAUGCAGAGGAGGCUGAGGAAACAUGGAAGAGACACGACCUCAGCAACCAGCCUUUUCUCCAGCGUGGUCAAUCCAUCUCUACAAAAUCAGUGUAUAAUGAGAUUUCCACUUAGUGACUAGCUGAUUGAAGGGGAGGGCCUCUACCCAAAUACUCAACUAGGCCUUUCUUUUCUGAAGCAUUUCAAUUUGUCUUGCCUGGGACAACUAGCAGAACAGUCCAGAAUUCAUUGCAUACUUUCUAAUUACCUCACAUUCUCUUACUAAAGAGAACAGAUAGAAAUAAAACAUGCACUCCCCACCUUUAGAUAACCUGCACUUGGUUCGUCGGAGGACUUCUAGGAUCCCGUUUUCCUGUAAAUUAAUUUAGGUAACUAAAUAGUGUAUUCUACCUUUUUUUUUCCCAAUGCAAUAUGACUAUGCUAAACCUGUUUCACAUUUUUGACCUUCUAUUGUUAUAUCACUUCACAUGUUUUAUAACUAUUUGAAAUGCGGAACAUGCCUUGCUAUUCAGUGACUGCAUCGCUACUUAUUUUUUAUGUCUUUUAGACUUGGGUGUUUAGAAUUAUGGAUAUAAAUAUAUUGUAGAUCUCAAUUUCUUAAAAUAAUAUUUUAUUUAAUUGAAUUUAAAAAUGCUUGAUCUAGAGAAAGUCCUCCAAUGGAAAAGUUUCUACUAAAAUUUGUUUUGGGGAAAAAAAUGUUUACUUGGCAGCUCUUCCACUGUGCAGUUGAUUUCUGCUCCGUCUCUCCUCUUCCCCUCCAUUGGGCCAAAUUUAUAACCAUUAAUAUUAACAUUAAAAGAGCUUUGGGUUUGUCUUUAUGUAGGUUGCAGUAAUGAGGUCAGGGUUGUUCCUUUUGAAUGGUUGGCCCUUUGAGCUAAUCAGAUUGGGGAUUUGUUGAAAU